AUGGGCAGCAAGCGUCGGCGCGACGAGAGCACGGGCAUGUCGCGGCCGUACCCGUCGAUGGCUGCCUCGCUGCCGCACCGUCGCCACAAGCCGCGAUCGCCGUCCUUUCUCUCGCCGCUCGAGGCUUUUCGCACCCCGCACGCCUCGAUCCAGCAAGUGUGGUGGGCCGCGUCGCAUCCCAAGCAAGAACACCUUCUCUCGUCCUUGUAUGCGCACAACCCGAGUAUGUUCAGCGUACCCGCGCUUGCUGCGCCGCUCGCCCACAUGAAUCAGCAUGAGAUGGAGGCAGCCGAGGUCGCGCUGGCGGCUGCCAACAGCCGUCCGCUGACGCUACCGACGUCAACGUCGACGACUGCUACGGCGUCAAAAGUAUCCAACGCCUUUGCGCUCGUGCCGACGCAUCGGCUCGCGCAACUCGAGCGACUCGAGAAAGUACUUCAGAAAGAGGCGGCGACCACCUCGGUGCAGUGCGUGCAUCUCUUCCAGGACACGGUCCUCAGCGCUCGGCUGCCCGCGCCGUACAUCGUCGUCGCUGUCCAUGCCAUGCUCGAUGCCGCCGUGCGCGAGAUCCAAGCGAAGCAACAAGCGACCAUGGAGGCCAUGUACGUGCGGCCGGCAGCGCUCGGCCUGGCGCUCGCCAACACCACCAAGCACCUCCGCCUCUUCCGCCUUCCAAAGACCGCGUUUGGUGACGCCCACAUUCGCCGCGCCGACCAAGCGCUCGCGGCCGAGCGCCGCACACAAGCGCAGCUGGCGUCGCUCGAGGCAGACGCGCGCUUGGACGUUGAGCAGUGGCAUCUGGCGCGCGAAGACACCCUCAGCUCGCUCCACGCUGCCUACGUCGACGCGAUCGAGCGCAAAGCCGACUAUAUUGCGUACGUGCGGCGGCGACGCAUCGAGUCGGCCGCCAUCUUGCGCGGCCAGGAGGUUGCCGUGACGACGCACCAUGCGCUGGUGCAGACCAAGGAAGGCCAGAUGCGACUGCAGCGCGAGGCCAAAAUGAAGCGCGCAUCGUCCAAAGUGUCGCUCUUCCGAUACUCUCUCUCGAUGCCGAAUGCACUCGACGCAGUAUCCCACGAGGCGGUCGCAACUGCGGUCGCCGACGCGCGGUUCGCAGCGCUGCACGAAUUUCGACGCACGUAUCCGCCGCGCUAUACCUGCGCCCAUCCGCUCGACAUGGACGGGACCUUUCCCACCGACGACGCGUUCUUCGACCACGCGUGCCCUGGCGGCCUCUCUGCCAGCAUGCGCACGCUGACCCUGCUGCUUCAGAACGCGUCGCCAGCCAUGAAAGCGCGGUGGAUCACGUCAUCGUCGUCGCCAGACGCAACGGCCGAGCUCUGGGCGCUCUACGAGGCGUCCGAGCGCCUCCUCACGGCUUCCGACACGACGCAGCUCGUGGUGGAGAAGGUGCUUGCGCUGCCGACACGGACGCUUCUGAAGGGUGGCGAUGUGCUUCUGGCGCUGCACGCGCUGCGCAAGUGGUUUCUGGACACGUCGGCGUCGAUCGAGGCCCUUGUCUCGGCCGCGUGGACGCUGCGCUACGCCGCGCUGACCUCGCUCCAUGACCUUGUCAAAGAAAAGGUCCCGCCGCGCGACGUCAACGCCCAGCUCGACCGCCAGCGUCUCGUGCACGCAGACCAAUUCACCGCCGCCAAGACGCGUUUCUGGACGGCGUGGGGCGCCCAUGCCAAGCGCCACCUCUACGCCCACCGCCAGCGCGAUGCGGCCCGCGCCUUGGCGCGAGUCGGCGCCGUCGCACAGCAACGCGUGGCCGUGCAGCAUGCCGCGCGCUGUUGCCUACGCCAAGUGACAUCGACAAGUCGCUUGCGGCUAUGUCGCCACCACGCCGACGCUAAAUUGGAGGCCCGCGCCGCGGCUGCGCAAAUGCUACAAGCUCGCGCCGCCCAUGUGCUGGCAACGUAUGCGCCCACGCGGCGCAAGGCCAGUGCGGGCCUGCGCCACGCGCUUUUCCGCGCCCAUCGGCGCUUGGACACCAGCGUCGACAUGGCCGUCGCAGGCGUGCUCGCACGGACGUUGCAUGGCGUCUUGCGCGCCGACGACAUUGCUCAAACGCGCCGCGCCGCCUGCGCUGAGCUCCAAGGCCUGGCACAACAAGCCCGGUCGCUCUUGUGCGACUAA